CAGCGCGCGGCAGCCAUGGUGAGCGAGUGCCCGGGGCCCGGAGCCCGGGUGCCCUGGCGGCGAAGCGACGAGGCGCUGCGCGUGAACGUGGGCGGCGUGCGGCGGCGGCUGAGCGCCCGCGCCCUGGCGCGGUUCCCGGGCACGCGGCUGGGCCGCCUGCAGGCCGCGGCGUCGGAGGAGCAGGCGCGACGCCUGUGCGACGACUACGAUGCGGCGGCGCGCGAGUUCUACUUCGAUCGGCACCCGGGCUUCUUCCUGAGCCUGCUGCACUUCUACCGCACCGGCCGCCUGCACGUGCUCGACGAGCAGUGCGUCUUCGCCUUCGGCCAGGAGGCCGACUACUGGGGCCUGGGCGAGAGCGCGCUGGCCACGUGCUGCCGUGCGCGCUACCUGGAGCGGCGCGUGGCACGACCGCGCGUCUGGGACGAGGACAGCGACACGCUGAGCAGCGUGGGCCCGUGCCCCGAAGAGCUCUCUGACGUGCAGCGAGAGCUAGCGCACUACCGGGCGGUGCGCUGCGGCCGCCUGCGCCGCCGCCUCUGGCUCACCAUGGAGAACCCGGGCUACUCGCUGCCCAGCAAGCUCUUCAGCUGCGUAUCCAUCGGCGUGGUGCUCGCCUCCAUCGCCGCCAUGUGCAUUCACAGCCUGCCCGAGUACCAGGCCCGCGAGGCAGCGGCCGCCGUGGCCGCGGUGGCCGCGGGCCGCAGGGCGGAAGGCUUGCGCGACGACCCGGUGCUGCGGCACCUCGAGUACUUCUGCAUCGCCUGGUUCAGCUUCGAGGUGUCGUCGCGCCUCCUGCUAGCGCCCAGCACGCGCAACUUCUUCUGCCACCCGCUCAACCUCAUCGACAUCGUGUCCGUGCUGCCCUUCUAUCUCACGCUGCUGGCUGGCGUGGCACUCCGAGACCAGGGCGGAGCGGGUGGCGAGGAGCUGGGCGACCUGGGCAAGGUGGUGCAGGUGUUCCGUCUCAUGCGCAUCUUCCGCGUGCUCAAGUUGGCGCGCCACUCCACUGGGCUGCGCUCGCUGGGUGCAACGCUCAAGCACAGCUACCGUGAGGUGGGCAUCUUGCUGCUGUACCUGGCCGUGGGUGUGUCUGUGUUCUCCUGCGUGGCCUACACAGCCGAGAAGGAGGAGGAUGUGGGCUUUGACACCAUCCCGGCCUGCUGGUGGUGGGGCACGGUGAGCAUGACCACCGUGGGCUAUGGGGAUGUGGUGCCAGUGACAGUGGCUGGCAAGCUGGCAGCGUCGGGCUGCAUCCUCGGGGGCAUCCUGGUGGUGGCGCUCCCCAUCACCAUCAUCUUCAACAAGUUCUCCCACUUCUACCGACGCCAGAAGGCCCUGGAGGCUGCCGUGCGCAACAGUGACCACUGGGAGUUUGAGGACUUGCUGAGUAGCGUUGACGGAGUGUCGGAGGCGUCUCUGGAGACCUCCCGAGAGACCUCCCAGGAGGGAAGAUCUGAAGACCUGGAGGUUCAGGCCACUAGUGGGCCUCCAAACUCUCAGGUUUAUUAAAACCAGGGCUCCGUGCCCCCCUUCCUGCACCCCUGCAGUGAGCUGAAACAGAGCAGAGAUCCCUCCCCUGCUUAAGUUCUUCCUGGUGGCAUGGCCUCUCAGUAUCACUCACUCUGGCUUCAGAAAUGACACCUGGAGGCCGGGUCCUUUCCUCCAAAGGCGCAGAGCAGCACAGUGUUACCCUAGAUUCUGUGAGCCUGGGGAGCACCCCAGAGACCUUUCUAGACGAACCUCCAAGCCACCCACAAUGCAGGCAUGAGCCAAAGAGGGAAAGUCAAAAGGACGCUAACAAUUCCUGAGCGCCUUCUGUCUGUUAGCCAUGUCACAUUGGCCCUCUGUUGGAGGAUGGGAAUCGUCCCCAUUUCACAGAUGAGGAAACAGGCUCAGAGAGGCACAAUGACUUGCCCAGAUGUCGCACAACUAGAAGUGGUGGAGCCAGGGUUGGAAUCCCAGCUUGUGGGUCUCUGACAAGGCAAUGUUCCUUCCACUAGUCUUUCUUCUGCCCUCACAAAAUUUGCAUGUGGUUGUAGGGGGUUCAUGGAACCCCCAGAGUUGGUUCAUAGAGUUAGAACCUUCUGUUAGAGCUAGGGAAAGGACCAGGCAGGGGAUUCAGAUGUAGGCUCCUGGACCUCAGCUGUGGUUCUUUUCCAGGAGCUUCCAACAGGAGUCAGCUUUCAAAGAUGAGGUCUU